CAACACAAUCGCUGGGUGCACAUCAGCUGCAGGCUCGACGCCAUUUCUCCAUCCUUUGUUCGUUGUCAAGGUUCUGCGAUUGACGUGCUCUCGCCAUCAUCUGAACGCGGCCCCAAACUCUUCGUUCACAUGGCCAGCGCUCCGGAGUUGGAACCGGGCCGAGAGCCGGGGCAGAGCUAGGCGAGACGGCACGACCCUGGCUGGGCCGCCUCUCCCCAGCGCAACGUGGCCCGCUUGGCGGGGCUCUGCACGCUGCUGCUGCUGAUGCUGCUGUCCGGCUACAAGCUGGCCCUGGGCGCGGGGCUGUCGCUGGCGGUCGCCCUCGUCGUGCGGGCCAUGAUAAUGGCCAAGUGGGGCCCCGCCACGCCGGGUCCAGCGCCGCCCGGGCCGCGGGGCGUGCCCCUGCUCGGGACCGCCUUGAGCCUGGACUUCAACUCAAUGAUCGGCUCUUUCGCUGGCGUGAGAGACGCAGUGCCAUUGGCACGGAUGGUGUCGAGUGUUGUUGUUUGUGCUUGUGUACCACUGACAUUUAAUUUAUUUAAAUGUUCUUCACCAACGCUCGCGAAAAAGUACGGGAACGUGUUCCAAGUGCAGUCCGUGGGGCAGUCCGUGGUGGUGCUGCACGGGUACGAAACCAUCAGGGAGGCCCUCGUCGGCCACGCCGAGCUCUUUGAGGACCGCCCGGUCAUGCCCAUGUUCGAGCACAUGUUGGAAGGGCACGGUAUGGCAGCAGCAGGCACACAUCCCGAGCGGCCCUCCUCCGCGCGGGCCCCCCCAUCGCCGAGCUUGCCGAGCGCGUCUCUCCACCUGCACGCCCCCCACCCCCUAGGGAUUCUGUUUUCACGCGGGGAACGGUGGCGCCAGAUGCGGCGAUUCGCGCUCCGCACGCUGCACGACUUCGGCAUGGGACGCUCCAUCAUCGAGGAGAAGAUCCUGGAGGAGGCCACCUUCCUCUCCACCGAGUUCGAGGCGAUGCGAGGUGCAGAGUCGCCCUCCCUCACCACUUGUACCACCAGCUUGCUCUUCCACGACUGUCUGUGCUGUGUUUCAGGAGCGCCCUGGGACCCAAAAACAAUGAUCAGCUGCGCGGUGUCGAACGUGAUCUGCUCGCUGUCCUUUGGGAAGCGCUUCACCUAUGAGGACAAAGAGUUCAUCAAGCUGGUUGCUCUGCUGAGUGAAAACGUGAGGUUGUUAGCAAGUCCUGUCAGUCAGAUAAACAACGUAUUCACGUUUCUGCGCCACCUUCCUGGACCGCACACCAGGCUGUUUGAGAAUGUGCGCCGACUCAAGGCCUUCCUGUCGUCCUUCAUCGAGGUCCAUCGCAAUGCCCCCGAGCAGGAUGAGCCGCAGGACUUCAUCGCCGCGUUCCUCGCCAGGCAGCGCAAGGAGGCUGGCAACCCAGACACGUACUUCACAGACAAGACCCUGCUCGUGGUGACGCUGAACCUGUUUUUCGCCGGCACGGAGACCACGUCGACCACACUUUACUGGGCUCUGCUUCUGCUGAUGAAGAACCCCGACGUCCAAAGGCGGCUGCAGGAGGAGGUGCUCGCCGUGAUGCCCUCGCUGUCCGACCGAGAGAAGUUGCCGUUUACCAAUGCCGUUCUAUACGAGGUGCAGCGCUUCGCCAGCAUUGUGCCGCUGGCCCUCCCGCACGCCACGACGCGCGACGCGCUCUUCCAGGGCUACUUCCUCCCCGAGGGCACCAUUGUGUUUGCCGUGCUGGACUCGGUGCUCAAGGAUCCCUCACAGUGGGAGACCCCGGAGGAGUUUAACCCCUCGCACUUCCUCGACCGAGACGGGAAGUUCCGCAAGCGAGACGCAUUCCUGCCAUUCUCAGCAGGCCGCCGCGUGUGUCUGGGGGAGCAGCUCGCCAAGGCCGAGCUCUUUCUCUUCCUCGUUGCUCUGCUCCAGAAGUUUUCAUUCGUGGCCCCGCGUGGGCCUGACAGCCUCAACCUGGCCCCCCAGAAUGGCAUCACAGUCGCUCCACUGCCCUUCGAGGUUUCCACCGUGCCGCUCUAA